AUGAGAACUUACUUCUUCUCCCAUGAUUCACAAAAAGUGUUUAUAUCAUUUUUCCUAUUUGGAUUAUUGAACAAUAUCUUAUAUGUGAUCAUUUUAUCAGCAGCGAUAGACUUGGUUGGGUCAUCAACACCAAAAGCCGUGGUGCUACUUGCAGAUGUGGUUCCUUCCUUCACUUUCAAGCUAGUGGCCCCAUUUUUCAUCCAUUUGAUUCCAUACAAGAUAAGACUUUAUUCUCUAAUAGUACUAUCGAGUGGCGGCAUGCUAUUAAUAUCAUCGAGCCCGACAAAUUUGAAAUUCUUGAAAAUAGUAGGCAUCUUGUUGGCUUCCUUGUCAUCUGGAAUGGGUGAAGUGAGUUUUUUACAAUUGACACAUUAUUACAAGGACGACGCCAUUGGAGGUUUUUCAAGUGGAACAGGUGGAGCAGGUUUAUUUGGAAGUUUCCUAUUCAUGUUGUUUACCAAUAUUAUGGGAAUUCCAGUUUGGAUAGUAUUGAUAUUUUUUGCAAUCACACCAUUGGGGUUUUUGAUAACUUAUCAGUUUCUCCUACCAAAACCUAGUCAUGAAUACCAUGCGAUUGGACUCAACGAAGAAGAAGAAGAAGAAGCAGAAGAAGAAGCAGAAGACAUGGAAAUUGAAUUAUCCGAAGGAGGAGGUAAUAGUAGUAGCAGCAGUAGUAGUAGUAGCAAUAAAUUGACUGCACAUAUUACCAAUACGGUGGAAAGAAUAAAACCAUUGGUAUUACCUUUUAUGUUACCAUUGACAACUGUAUACAUUUCAGAGUACGUUAUUAAUCAGGGUAUAUCGCCAACGUUACUAUUCCCGUUAGACAAUUUACCAAGCUGGUUGUUUUCAAGUUAUCGAGAUAUCUAUGUUGUAUACGGCUUUCUAUACCAAUUGGGUGUUUUCAUUUCUAGAUCUUCAGUCACCUUUGGUAUAAGAAUAAAGCGACUAUACUUAUUAUCCAUCUUACAAGCAGUAAAUGUCUUCAUUACCAUUAUCCAAUCGAUGUUUGAUUUGCCCUUCACCAGCAUUUGGCCAUUACUAAUGCUCAUAUUCUACGAGGGUCUUUUAGGAGGAUCCUCCUAUGUAAAUACGUUCAUGUCCGUUAGUGAACAGGUACCGAAAUCGCAAAGAGAAUUUAGUAUGGGCUGUGUAAGUAUCAGUGAUGGCUUAGGUAUCGUGUUGGCAGGGUGUAUCAAUUGGUGGUUGGAGACAACCUUGUGUAAUUUACAGGUUCAAAGAGGUAGAGAUUGGUGUUUGAAAGGCGAUUCUUUGUAG